CUGCAGGAAACAUGGUGCUGUAGUGAAGCUCUGACUCCUGGCUUCUGUUUUCUUUCUGUCUUUCUCCAAGCCAAGCAGUAAGAGGACAUGUCUGAAGCUCUUGUCUCUCGGUCCAGCAGCUGUGGAAGGGCGAAAGGAGCUGAGGAGGUUCUGGCGGAGAUCCGCUCUGACCUUCUGGAGUGUAAGGUAUGCUUUGAGAGGUUCUCCUCAGAGCAGACCGGAAGGAGGCCCAGGAAUCUGCCCUGCGGUCAUGUGAUCUGUCUGGGAUGUGUCUGUGCCCUGGCACAUGCUGUCUUGCGCCAGCUGGAGUGUCCUUUCUGUAGGCGGAGGUGCGAUGUUGGUGGUACCUAUGACUGCCAGGCCCUGCUUGACCUUCAGGACCUCCUUGGUUCGGCAGAACGUCCAAAUACGCUUGGUUCAGACUCUUCUUGGUCAAAUCUUUCACACCUUGAAAGGGGGGUCCAGUCCUGGGUGGAAGGACUGGGUUCGGGCCUCAUGCGUCUUCAAACUGCCUUUGGAGGUUGGGGUGAACUCAUUAACCCAACCGGUGUAGCUGUACUGGGAUCUGCGGCAGUGGUGGUGGUCCAUGGAGGUCACAAGAAGGUUACCAUUUUCAACUCUCAGGGUCACUAUCUGCACAGUUUUGGCUAUUAUGGUCAUGGCCGGUCUGAACUCUGCCACCCUCUUGAUGUUGCAGUAACUCCCAUUGGCCAUAUUGUGGUGACUGAUGCAGGUGACCAUUCGGUUAAGGUCUUCUCCUCCAGAGGAACUCCUCUGGCCGACUUUGGGCCUUUUGAGCUGCCAUGGGGUGUUGAUGUGGACAAAUAUGGGCGCUUUCUGGUGACCGACGCUCAAGCAGGGCUACUUUGGCAGGUAGUAAUGGACCAUAGGUGCAACGUAGUGGUGGCUAAGGUGGUGGUCUUGAAGGACCUUCAGUGCCCAAGAGCUGUGGCUUCUUGUAGAGUUUCUGGACGUGUUGCAGUGCUGGAGGCCCAAAGACGGCACAGUGGAGAGUCCAUACCAACACGGCUGAAGCUGUUCAGCGAAGACUUUGUCCUCCUAACGCAGGUGGACCGUUUGAGCCUGAACCUCCUGAACCCGAUGCAGUUAGACAUCUCCUACGCUACCUUUGACAGAAAAGGGGAUCUGAUUGUGGCUGAUGCCCAACAAGGCCUCGUGUGGAGUUUGAGUGACCUGCAGGAAACACCCACUCUGUCUCCACUGGUGAAGGCCGGACUAGAGCGUCCAGUAGGGCUGGUGGCAACAGAGCAAAACUCUCUGAUUGUCUUGGACAGCGGAGACCACACUGUGAAGAUAUACUCAGCCAGUGCAGACGACUUAUACGGUCCUACAAGAAGCAAAUCAAUCUGAAAUAUCUUCAGUUUUCUGUUCCACCUUAAAUGAUACAGCAUUCAGCUGUUGCACUUUUAAGAUGGAAUAGAAAAUUCAAAUAAAAAGCUGUUAAAUAAGAAGCCAAUUAUAGAAUCAUCUUUUUAUUAUUCUUGAUUGUAACAUGACGUACACUGUUGGGAUAGGACUUCUAUAAUUUCUUUAUUAAAACGUAUUAAUGCUUCUACAAUAGCCUUCUUUUAAUUUAAGGAAAAUAUGUUUUUUUCUGAUGUGAUAUAUGACUUUUUUAUCCCUUAUGAAAAAGAGUUGUAGUAAUACUACAGGACUAAAGUACUCCUAUAAGAAUCUUAUAGUAAGUUCAACAGUAACUGUAGUUACUCCUGGAUACUUAACGAGUAUUACAGAUUACUAGGGGAGAAAACAAGAAAUCCAGAAUAAUGAACUGAGCUGUGGAGAUGGUUCUAAGCCUAAGAAAGCUUUAGAACGUCCAGAAUGAAGAUCUAUUGAAAUUAACAUCCAGAAUGAAGUUCUAUCCAGAAUCCCUCAUAUUUAAAAUGUGGUGAUCAAGUCUUGAGGCUGAUAUGAAAUUACUAUGAAUAGAUAAUUACAGUAUAUUAAUUAUUAUAUAACAUCUUGAAUAUUUAAGAAAAAAUAUUAAAAUGCAUUGUGGUGUUUAGUUUAUGGUAUUUGAACCUACUCUGUAAGUUAUUAUAUAUGUUAUGUAUG